AUGACAGAGGCCGAGGCCGUGUACCGCUACGAGUCCGGAUAUAUCUCCCACAGCGCGAAGAAAGAUUACGGGCCGUUGGACUUCACCGGACGCAUAGCGGGGGGUUUGCGACUCGACAUUCGCAGGAGGGCGUUCAUAGCAGCCCUCGCCCCUGCGAUUACCUUCGGCAGCCGGUUCCUCGACGGCACGAACGGCCAGUUCGGUGUGUUGGAGAUGAUAAUGAGUACUUCGAUAUCGGGCUUGAUCUUCUCGACAUUUGCGGGCCAGCCGUUGUCAAUCCUUGGAGCUACGGGUCCCUUCUUGGCCUACACCUUGGUCGUCUACGACCUCGCUAUUGCAGUCGACAUAGAGUUCAUGCCAUUUUACUUCUGGACCUGCAUGUGGUGCUCGGUGUUCACUAUCCUCGUGGCGGUGUUCGACUUGUGCGCACUCAUGAAGCACGUGACCAUGUUCAGUGAGGACAUCUUCGCGGGACUGAUAUCUUUGAUCUUCAUCAUUGACGGAGUGAGGCCAAUCAUCGAAAAUUUCACGGAGAGCAGGCUCACGCUCACGAAUUGCAUGUUCGAGAGCUUGUUGUUUCUUUGGACAUAUGGAUGGGCCACAUACUUGUCCAGCUUCCGACGCACACCUUGGACAUUCCGAGCCAUCCGUAACUUUGGGGCCAACUUCGCGGUCACCAUCGCAUUGGUUUCGGGUUCAGCAAUGGCCGCCAUUUACUCGAAUGACACGGGCCUGAGGAUGUUGCAGGUGGAUGCUGACUUCGCCCCGAACUUGAGUUUGUCCGAUGGCAGCAAGCGGCCCUGGAUCGUGAAUCCUGCAGGCAUCGAGCGCCCGUUCCCGGCUUGGGGCAUUGCGUAUGCGGUGCUGCCAGCCAUUGGCUUUGCGGUGUUGGGAUACUUGGAUCAGAACCUCACCAGUGUGAUUGUGAACAGACCAUCCAACAACCUGAAAAAGCCUCCUGCGUAUCACCUUGACCUGUUUGUGCGUGGUGCACUGACCCUUCCUGUUUGCGCUGUGCUGGGCCUGCCACUCUCCGUGGCCUCCACGGUACCGAGCAUCACGCAUGUGAUCUCGUUGACCACUUACGAGGUGCAGCAGCUUCCGGAAGGUGAGCGCAAGGUGCCUACGAAGGUAGUGGAGCAGCGUGCUACUAACUUCCUGAUCCAUGUGCUGAUAGGACUUGCACUCUUCCUGGCGCCGGUGCUGAAGUUCUUGCCGCGGGCCGUGCUGCAGGGCGUGUUCUUCUACAUGGGCAUUGCAUCAUUGACCGGCAACAACUUGUUCGACCGCUUGAAGCUGUGGCUCAUCUGGGACCCGGCCAGGUACCCACAGUACCACUACGUCCAGAAGCUUCCGAUCAAGCGGGUGCACCUGUACACCUUGGUCCAAGUAGUCUGUCUUGGCAUUCUCUAUGGUUUGAAAGCCAUUAAGGAAACCUCCGUAGUGUUCCCGUUCUUCAUGGCGUCCUUGGCCAUCAUUCGCAAGGCCCUGAAGUGCAUGUUCACGGAGGAGGAGCUGAAGCAGUUGGACUCUCUUCCUGGGGAUGAUGAUGAUGAGGAGGUUGAGGCAUCAAAGCCGGGAGCCGAUCUCGUAAACCUGGAGGGGCAGGACGAGACGUCCAAGAAGGCACUCUUGAAUCUGUUCCGAUGCUCAUCACGAGCAAACAUGUACAGAAGUUCUUCCACAUUUUCCCUUGGAAUCUUGGUAGAAUGCAUGUUGGUGCGGAGCCUCCGAGCUUUGCACUUGGCCGCACUGCGGCUACACCGGCGCGCCAGCGCAUGCAGCGUUGUGUCAGACUCCUCGUCUCCAAACGCGCUCUCGCGCGCAGCGGCGUGGCGACAAACAGCGAAGCUGCCACCGGCCGAGGCCGUGUACCGCUACGAGUCCGGAUAUAUCUCCCACAGCGCGAAGAAAGAUUACGGGAGGGCGCCGCUAUUUUGCAGUGAUUGGACGGAUGCCUUCAUGCCGGAGAACUUCCAAAAAUCGGUGUCUUCAAUCUUGUUCAUAGCAGCCCUCGCCCCUGCGAUUACCUUCGGCAGCCGGUUCCUCGACGGCACGAACGGCCAGUUCGGUGUGUUGGAGAUGAUAAUGAGUACUUCGAUAUCGGGCUUGAUCUUCUCGACAUUUGCGGGCCAGCCGUUGUCAAUCCUUGGAGCUACGGGUCCCUUCUUGGCCUACACCUUGGUCGUCUACGACCUCGCUAUUGCAGUCGACAUAGAGUUCAUGCCAUUUUACUUCUGGACCUGCAUGUGGUGCUCGGUGUUCACUAUCCUCGUGGCGGUGUUCGACUUGUGCGCACUCAUGAAGCACGUGACCAUGUUCAGUGAGGACAUCUUCGCGGGACUGAUAUCUUUGAUCUUCGUCAUUGACGGAGUGAGGCCAAUCAUCGAAAAUUUCACGGAGAGCAGGCUCACGCUCACGAAUUGCAUGUUCGAGAGCUUGUUGUUUCUUUGGACAUAUGGAUGGGCCACAUACUUGUCCAGCUUCCGACGCACACCUUGGACAUUCCGAGCCAUCCGUAACUUUGGGGCCAACUUCGCUGUCACCAUCGCAUUGGUUUCGGGUUCAGCAAUGGCCGCCAUUUACUCGAAUGACACGGGCCUGAGGAUGUUGCAGGUGGAUGCUGACUUCGCCCCGAACUUGAGUUUGUCCGAUGGCAGCAAGCGGCCCUGGAUCGUGAAUCCUGCAGGCAUCGAGCGCCCGUUCCCGGCUUGGGGCAUUGCGUAUGCGGUGCUGCCAGCCAUUGGCUUUGCGGUGUUGGGAUACUUGGAUCAGAACCUCACCAGUGUGAUUGUGAACAGACCAUCCAACAACCUGAAAAAGCCUCCUGCGUAUCACCUUGACCUGUUUGUGCGUGGUGCACUGACCCUUCCUGUUUGCGCUGUGCUGGGCCUGCCACUCUCCGUGGCCUCCACGGUACCGAGCAUCACGCAUGUGAUCUCGUUGACCACUUACGAGGUGCAGCAGCUUCCGGAAGGUGAGCGCAAGGUGCCUACGAAGGUAGUGGAGCAGCGUGCUACUAACUUCCUGAUCCAUGUGCUGAUAGGACUUGCACUCUUCCUGGCGCCGGUGCUGAAGUUCUUGCCGCGGGCCGUGCUGCAGGGCGUGUUCUUCUACAUGGGCAUUGCAUCAUUGACCGGCAACAACUUGUUCGACCGCUUGAAGCUGUGGCUCAUCUGGGACCCGGCCAGGUACCCACAGUACCACUACGUCCAGAAGCUUCCGAUCAAGCGGGUGCACCUGUACACCUUGGUCCAAGUAGUCUGUCUUGGCAUUCUCUAUGGUUUGAAAGCCAUUAAGGAAACCUCCGUAGUGUUCCCGUUCUUCAUGGCGUCCUUGGCCAUCAUUCGCAAGGCCCUGAAGUGCAUGUUCACGGAGGAGGAGCUGAAGCAGUUGGACUCUCUUCCUGGGGAUGAUGAUGAGGAGGUUGAGGCAUCAAAGCCGGGAGCCGAUCUCGUAAACCUGGAGGGGCAGGACGAGACGUCCAAGAAGGAGGAGAUGACGAUCUGA